AGGUGUCUGGUCCCUGCCCCUCCUGAGUGACUCAUCUCUGGUGCUUAUGGAGCCAGCUGCUUCCCUGCCUUUCUCUCUGCCAGGCUCCCUUCUCAUCUUCCUCCUCCUCAGCUUGUUUGCACUGGUCUCAGACCAAUUUACUGUCGUGGGGCCAGCUGAUCCAAUCCUGGCCAUGGUGGGAGGAAACAGCACAUUACGCUGCCACCUGUCACCUGAGAAAAGUGCUGAGGACAUGGAGGUGCGGUGGUUCAGGUCUCAGUUCUCCCCCGCGGUGCUUGUGUAUAAGGGCGGGCGAGAGAGGACAGAGGAGCAGAUGGAGGAGUACCGAGGAAGAACAACCUUUAUGAAGGAAGAGAUCAGCAAGGGGAGCAUGGGGCUGAUCAUCCACAACAUCACAGCCCAUGAAAAUGGCAUCUACCACUGCUAUUUCCAAGAAGGCAAAUCCUACGAUGAGGCCAUCAUGCGCCUGAUGGUGGCAGGCCUGGGCUCUAAGCCCCUCAUUGAAAUGAAAGGCCAUGAGAACGGGGGCAUCCGGCUGGAGUGCACAUCUGUAGGGUGGUACCCAGAGCCCCAAGUGUUUUGGAGGGACCCUUAUGGUGAGAUCUUGCCUGCCCUGGAGGAGGCUUACACUGUGGACGCAGACAGCCUCUUCAUGGUCACCGUGGCUGUGAUUAUCAGGGACCUCUCUGUGAGGAACGUGUCCUGCUCCAUCAACAACACCCUGCUUGGCCAGGAGAAGGAAACUGUGAUUUUAAUUCCAGAAUCCUUUACUCCCAGCACAUCUCCCUGGAUGGUGGUCCUGGCUGUCAUCAUGCCUACUCUGCUCCUCCUCAUCGCUGGGAUCAUCUGUCUUUCUAAGAAACUCCACAGGGAAAAAGAGAUUCUCUCAGGGGAAAAAGAGGUUGAAAAUGAAGAGAAAGAAAUUGCACAGCAACUUGAAGAGGAAUUGCGAUGGAGAAGAACCCUCUUACAUGCUGCUGACGUGGUCCUGGACCCGGACACUGCUCAUCCUGAGCUCUUCCUGUCAGAGGACCAGAGAAGCGUGAGACGGGGCCCCUACAGGCAGAGUGUGCCUGACAACCCAGAGAGAUUUGACUGUCGGCCUUGUGUCCUGGGCUUGGAGAGCUUCCUCUCAGGGAGACAUUACUGGGAGGUGGAGGUCAAAAACGUGAUGGUGUGGGCUGUGGGGGUUUGUAGAGACAGCGUUGAGAGGAAAGGGGAGGCCCUACUGAUUCCUCAGAAUGGCUUCUGGACCUUGGAGAUGUUUGGAAACCAGUACCGGGCCCUGUCCUCUCCCGAUAAGAUUCUCCCCCUGACAGAGCACCUUUACCGGGUGGGCAUCUUCCUGGACUGUGAAGCUGGAGAUGUUUCCUUCUAUAACAUGAGGGACAGAUCGCACAUCUACACAUGUCCCCGUUCGCCCUUCUCUGGGCCCCUGAGACCCUUCUUCAGGCUGGGGUCUGAUGACAGCCCCCUCUUCCUUUGCCCGGCAUUCACAGGGGCCCAGGGGGUCACAGUGCCUGAGGGUGGCCUGAUCCUUCACAGGACAGCGACCCAGCACACCUACCAGGACCAAUUCCCUGGUCUCAGAGCCGAGUAG